AUGACAGUGAAACGCCUGAAAUGUGACUUCAGUCCUGAGGUCACGACAUGUCUCCGAAUGAGGGACAGCAGACGUCCUGACUGCUGUCCCAUUCACGAUCGCAUACCCUACGAUGCCGGCUGCUUCCUCAAGGAUAUCAGCAGAGAAGUGAAUGAGCUUUACAAUCGCCACUACAGCAGGUUCGAAAACAGCGAACGCCUGAUGGAGCUGGCAUUGCCGGUUCAUCGCAAGUGCCCGUACGUUCCCAGGUGUCCUUGUCGGUUCCAAAAGGACAUUGAAAUGGUGCAGUCCGACCCGCCAAUGUACACUCGCACUGAACAGCUGGCCCUGCCGCUGGUCAGACGACUGCACGUUCGCCGGAAGGAGGCACUAGUGAAGGGGGACAAGAUCGCUGAGCGGGUUCUGAAUCGCUGGCUUCGCUACAGCUACCUCUCCUUGUACAGUCGCUUGAGCAACAGACAGCCGAUGAUGCGGCCUCCGAAGCCCAAGAAACCAAGCAAGAAACAGAGGGUGCGCCAUUACCAAUAUAUUAGUACGCUGGCCAAGCCCAAACAGAUUCCAGAACCUCCAAAGCCGAAACGCACAAGUGGCGGCAUGGAUGCGCGUCGACUCAAUGAGCUGGCGCGUCCAAGGACCCGUCUGCCAGAAACAAACCCGCCUUGGCAACUAACCAGAGGCAUGAAAUUCUUCAAACCUAGUGAGCGACUGAAGAGCAUUGCCAAGCCACUCAUUCGCGACAAUGUGCACAUCAAGGAGGAGCCGGAGAAGGUGGCGCGUGGCGCCCUCAAAUAUAAACCAAGUUCCCGUAUUAAGGAAAUAUCGCUGCCAGUGAAGGUGUUCGAUCGUGAGGCCAGAGCCGCCGAGAUCGCUGACGAUCCCUAUGCUAUAUCGCCGCAUGCGUUAAAGUACAGGGUAUCGUCGCGCAUCAAGGAGCUGGCCGAACCAAAGGAGUUCGCGAACACACAUAUACGUUCAAAUCCUGGCGCCAUUUCCCCAGCAGCGCUCAGGGCGAAGGCCUCGCCGCGCCUCAUCGAACUGGCCAGGCCGAAAGGAGGCUAACAAGCCAUAAAUAUGUCUGUCUGUCUAAUGUUCUGUUUCUGUUAGCCAUUUGGCUUUAUUCUCCGUUUUGGUCUGUCUCCUAUCUCUUUGGCUAAUAUAUAUGUGUAUUAAGUGUUUAA